CCCUCCUAAAAACGGUUCAUUCACGGAGAAGAGAGAGGCGCAGGUUAUUUUUAGGAGAGGAAGGAGGAGUGACGGACAGACGUUCCCAUCGCUCCACCUUCAAUCAUCGCAGGAUGUGAAGAAGCGCUGCGGAGCAGACGCGUCAUUUUCUUCUUCCCAUUUUGCGCCAGGAAUUGCCCGUUUCCAUAGGUCCCAACGCGCUCCUGCCCAGUACUCGAGACCGAGGAAUAGCGAGGGAUAUUUUUUUCCAUUUGAAGACAUUCCUGUCAGGAGCCAGCAGGUGUCGAGAUCCGCCCUGUGGAGAGAUGGCAAAAGCAGACCAGCGCUUCGGUCAACGGGAUGGUUCGGACCAGAACUUUGACUACAUGUUCAAGCUGCUGAUCAUCGGAAACAGCAGCGUUGGGAAAACCUCUUUCUUGUUCCGCUACGCUGACGACUCCUUUAGCAACUCGUUCGUCAGCACCGUCGGCAUCGACUUCAAAGUGAAAACAGUGUAUCGUAAUGACAAGAGGAUCAAGCUCCAGAUCUGGGACACAGCGGGACAGGAGCGCUACCGCACCAUCACCACGGCUUACUACCGCGGGGCUAUGGGCUUUAUUCUCAUGUAUGACAUCACCAAUGAGGAGUCCUUCAACGCCGUCCAAGACUGGGCGACCCAGAUCAAGACUUACUCAUGGGACAAUGCCCAGGUCAUCAUGGUAGGCAACAAGUGUGACAUGGACGAGGAGAGAGUGGUACCUCCUGAAAAAGGAAAACAUCUUGCGGAUCAGUUAGGGUUCGAAUACUACGAGGCCAGCGCCAAGGAGAACAUCAAUGUGCGGCAAGUGUUUGAGCGCCUGGUCGACAUCAUCUGCGUGAAGAUGUCGGAGCGAGUGGACGUGGAGGCGCCGGCAGCUCCAGGAACCAAGACCACCAGACUGACCGACAAGCCAGCCCAGCUACCUCAGAAGUGCUGUUGAUCAUUAGCGCUAAAGGAAAUGAAAAGAGAUUAACAAUAGUGACAUUCCUCCACGUGAAUCUUCAUGUUGUACGCAACCAAACUACUAAUCUUUCAUUCCAAACUAUCCUGGAACAUUUCCCCCAAUAUGCUUAGAAACAAACCAGUGUGGGCAGCAGUGCACUUAAAGAACAUCACAUCAGGCCUGAUGCUGCGUUCCAGUUAGCGAUGAUGUCGGACAUCUGAGCUGGGAAAGACGUCACAGCCACGUUCAGAUCGGCCCAUUUAUUGAGGUCAGAAAAGAAGAUGCCAACGUCCACGAAAGUUAUUCCAACCGUGCGUUGUCCGAAUACUCCUUGAAAAAUAUGUGUUUGUUUACAAAAAGAAAUACAAGAUGUAGAUUGAAAACUGCAGAAUAUGUAUGUUUCCUUUGGUGUAUUUCAUUUAUUCUAAACUUCUAAAUCUGAUUUGCUUGCGGAAGCCAUCGUGGAUUGCGUACUGGGAGUGGUGAGAAUUCUCUCCCCUGCCGACUUGGACAUCGUCGGGUGACAUCAUUGGGGGGAUGGAGCUGGGAAUUUCCCAGUUCCAAGGACAACUGGAACGCAGCAUGAGGAUGUAGAAUUAUUUUUUGAGGUUCUGCUAAAUGCUAACACAAGUCAGCAUCAAUACACUUUUGUCAUUUUCUUUGAGAAGUUUAGUUGACAAUGAAAUGUUUUUGUAGGGUUUUGUUUUUGUGGUGGCAUUUUUUAACUCAUGAAUGCGUGGUAUGAUGUUUUGAUGGAUUGUUUGUGCAGCCAGUCUCAGAGGUAUCAAACAAUUUUUAUCACAUCAAGCCGUCAUGGCCAGAGAGGAUGAGUCGCCAAGAUCUGUGGUGAAUCUUGAGCCAGUGGGGCUCUAUUGCACUUCUGGUACCACAAGGCUCAAGUUGAGCUCCUUUGACCUUCUCAAUCUCCAACAUAAGUGGCACAAUGUACGAGCCAGUGGUGGACCGAAGUGGACAGCGACAUGCUUGUCAGUAUUAUAUCGCUGUUUUACACAAGAAUCCCUGUCUGAGAUUCAAAGCUUCAGAACACAUCUGCACACCACUGGAGAUGCAUAUAGGCGUCAAACCUUUAAACGUUCGAUAUAAAAUCUUCAGUGAAACUGGAAUGUUUGUUUCAUGAAAUAGCAAAUUAAGCAGACUGCCAGUAAAAGAAAGUUUUGAUGUUUGACAUCUCUAUCUGAUGUGAACGUAUCAAAGGACAUCAGUGCCUCUUCAGUACCACCUGUCACUGCUGCCUGAAUUCACUCGUUUACAACCCGCUGAGACGUCAUCUUUAGAGCUAAAGCACCAACGCACAACACCCCAGCAGGGCUGCGGACCACCUCACCUCAGACUGAGUGAUAGAGCACAAGUAAAACACACAACUGGUGGAUCCCACAACUCAUGAUAACUGCCGUCAGAACUCUGUACACACGUCACAUAAUGACUCUUUGAUGCCUUGAAAGAAUCCGUGAAGAACUUAAAGAAGUAAGGCAUGACUUCAGAUGCAUUUUUGCCCGAAUAUCCUCUCGCAGAUUUAAUCGCCACUGGUCACUGCUGCCCUGUGGACUGGUGGCUAUUAGCUUUUGCACUCGGCAACUCAGUCCAAGGCCACAGUGUUUAUACCCGCCAACACAGAGCUGACAAGUUUCCUUCCCCUUUUAGAAGGUAUAGUGACGUCAUAUUUGCAGUGUUUCCACAUGGGAGUGUGUGCGUGAUGUCAGAGCCAACAUGUUCUCCUGUUGAAUAUCAUAGUAUUUACUGCGUGUUGAGUUGUGAAGGUUUUGUGUUUGUGUACGGUAUCUUUGAUGAAAGUGUGAUAUUUUGAUAAUGUCAAGCUGACAUACAGUAUGUGUGACAGGUAAGAAAAAAAAAACACAUGAAAAAAGAGAGAUCAUUGUUUACUGUCCAAAAAAAGACAUCCUGCCAAAUUGUUCUAAAGCUGCCACUGCGCACGUUUUGUGUGUCUUCAUAUCUAAGAAAAAAGAAGUAUACAAUAAUCCACAUUGUCUUCAACUGAUAUUAUUAUUUUUAAAGUGAAUUUGUAAAUUAUAGGAUAGAAAUUAUAAUUGUGUGAAUUUAUUUUUAUGAAGUGAAUACCAUAGACAAAUUAUAUAUAGAGUUUAUGUAAACUUGUUGUCUUAUAGUUCACUCCAAAAUGGAGGAGAAGCACAAAGUGAUUGUACAAAAAAAUAUUGUGAAUGUUUGUAUAUUAGACAUGUAAUUUAGUACAAUAAAAUCACAAUCUUUAAACCAUUUGCCUGAUCAAUUUUGGUGGUUUAACUAAAAAAAAAAAGUAUAAGUAUAUUCUUCCUUCCAUCCUGUAACACAAUUAAAAAGGCACAGUUAAUGU